AAAAACGAAUACGUGGUGACGCAAUGUGUUGUCACGUUGAAUGAGUUGCUUCCACGAUGGCUCCCGUCAAAAUAAAACACAUCGUCUCGUUUACAUCACAGGAUAGCAGGAACGGUGUGUGUAAUCUGUGUGAUGGCAGUGACAGCAGCAGGCCAUGGUUGUGCAGUGUUCAGGACCGCACUGGAGUCCUCAGAGUGGAGCUGCAGAUGGAGAAAGUGUCUGCUAUUGGAUUCAUUGAUGUUGGAAACUAUGGCUCUGCGUUCAUUCAGGUUGAUGUAGGCCGCUCAUCUUGGUCAUCAGAUCAUCCAUUUGUCACUCUGCUGCCCACUGCAACACUCAUGAGUCCAGCCGACUCCAAACAGGGCACGGGACGCCAAAAUGUGCGCAUGUUUAAAAAAGCUGAUUUUCUUUCUCGGGCUGCUGAGGAGAGCUGGGACAGACUGCGAGUCACCUGCACUCAGCCUUUCAAUAAACACGCACAGUUUGGUCUGUCCUUUCUGCGCAUCCGCACCGUAGAAGAUGACACUGAAGAUUCAUCAGAGCAACAAGAAGAUACUCCUGAAAAUCUGCGUACACCAGAAAAAAUGUCAUCCGUGAUGGAGUGGCUUUCCAGUCCCGCUGUCCAAAACACGUUUUUUGGGCGAAUCACAGGGGACGGCUCCUCAGAAGCCCAGAGGAAUGCUGGGAGUUUGAGUCGGGCCGAGCGAAUGGUCAAAGCUGCUCAGUUAAAGAGACGCUCAUUGUCAACUUCUCCAUGCAGCACUGCGUCCAGCACAACCCCUCAGAGAGAAGAUAACUCCAAAAGCCCACCAGGGGGGUUUAGGACGUCUGGUGAACUGGUUAAGACCCCUCAAGAGCAAAGGAGGAAGCCUAAGGCACGGCAGAUCCUUUUAAACAGUGAUACUCCAUUAAAAAGAUCCAGACCCACAGGAUCCACACAUGAUCAUCCCACCUCACCAAAAUUACCUAGAAGCCAGGCAGAAGCCAGACAGAAGCCAAUAGACGCACAGGACUCUCCUGAGACCAGCUGUCCUCUUUGUGGAGAAUCUUUCAGUCCAGAUUACCUCCCCUUUCAUGCCUCCACCUGUCUGGAUUCAGAUCCAUCAGGGCUCGUGGGACUCAUGAGCUCUUCUGUUUUUGGCUCAGCUGCAGAUGAGCAUAUGGUUGCAUGUCCUCUUUGCUCCAUCUCAUUCCCCCCAGACCGCAUCCAGCAGCACGCCAGCACCUGCGGAGACACCCGAGAGCCCAGCGCUGUCUGGCUGAACUGAGGAGUGCAUUGAGGUCUCGGAAACCUUUUCCGCAGUAGUGGAGUGGAAAUAGAAAUCAGGUAUUUUCUAGACCUUACAUAAAAUGUCUGUGAGUAGACAUUUGAAUCUGCACGGCUUCCUAAAAGGACUUUUUUAUUGACAUUUUUAGUAGUCAUUGGUCUUUAAUAGGUGUUUGAGUGGCAAACAUAUUUUGGACUGUAGUUAUGUUUGCUAUCAUAUCUUCCAUUCAGCCUAUGUUCAGCAUUGUUUUUCAAUUGGCCAUAAUGGGUUGUUUGUAACAUACAAGUUGCUGUGCAAGUUGUUUUAGCUAUGGAAAAACAUUUAUUAUAUGAAGGUCUAAUAAUGUUUCUUCCCUAGUUUUAAAUAAAUUGUCAUUUAGGUGGUCAAAAUAACCAGAAUGUUUUUCAUUUUUUUUUUAAAUUGGCAUUGCAUAGUCUAAAAAUUAAUACAAGCAUCAUUUUGAAUAUUUUGACUAGACUAGAUAUUAUUUUAGGCAAAAAAAGAAGAAAUGUUAUCAGUGGUUUAUAUAAAAUAUUAUGUUUAUAUAUAAAUUAUGUUUUACUCUCUAUAAUAAAUCACAAAUCCAUAGAAAUGUAAAAAUUUAAUGUUGUCGUAUUUUUUCAUAGCUGUAUGCAAAAUAUAUAAUUUAGAAAGUUUGUUUCUGUUUAGUUUUGCUGUCAUUUUCUCACUUUUUUUCUCACACAAACAAAGGACAUUAUACCAGAAACGCACAUUAUCUGUCCUUGAAAUAAAAACGUAAAUACAGUGAAUGAAAAGUAUUUCAUGCUAAAUAAAUUCUGAAAUGAA